UCUAUCGGGCAAGUAGCUAAAUUGGCAGCGCUGUGCACAAACCGAAAUUAUUAUUUUUCUGGCUAAAGUUUUCACGUUUUUCCCAAAAAUUCAACCACCCCAGAAGCAUGGAAACGGCAAGCACCAGUCCGUUUAAGCUCAGACACAAAGACAAGGCCGAAGAUAGAUACCGAAUCGGGGCCACAGUUGCUUUCAUUGUGGUCAUCAUUGGCAUUGGCGUACCGAUGUGGUGGCACACCACAACCGUCUACAGAGUCGAUUUGCCCUCUUCGGACAUUUUAAGCCUUAGCGAGAGGCCCAUCAAAACGGCUGUGCAGGUGGCCAUCUUCACCCAGCAGCCCAGUCGUGGCCAGUUGCUCAUCAGCGAACUGCAGAGUGCCUUCAGCGACAGUGAAAUAUGGGCUGUGGAAUUCAAGCAACUAUCACCGACGGAAAGGACAGUCCAGGAGGCUCAUACGCCCGCGGCUUUGGAGAAGUUGCUGCUGAAGGAAUACCCCCAGAGCAUGGGCGACUUUAUGUUCAUCGAGUGGCCCAAACUGCAGGAGGAGCUGCUGCUCACCACCGAACGUUCGGCCCUGAUGCGAAGUGAUACAUCCUCCAACAAGAUUGCCCAGCUGUUGCAUGCCAAGAUCCUGCAGACAUAUCGCAUCAAUCAGAUUUUGAGUACGGACGACAGGAUGGGUAUCAAGUCGGAGGCCCCGCAGCCCACCUAUGAGGUGAUUGUCUCCGUUCUGAACCCCAAGCCCCGGCUGACCCAUGCCCAGUGGAACAUUGCCUUGGCUGUGAAGACGUACAUUGAGCCUUGGCUGGCACAGGUGUCGGGCGUGUCCAACUAUACAGUGCGCACGCAAUGGAAAUACCGCGUGGCCAUUGAGGCUGAGGUUAAGCAGGUGCGCGACCAAAGCCGCCUAGGACGCCACUACGCUCUGCAGGAAUCCGCCCUGCCCCAUCUGCUCACCUCGAUUGCCCAGAACCUGAGUGCCAGCACCACAGACAAGCCGGCCAUCAAUCUGGUGGUGUACAUACCACCCUGCCACACAGCUCCUCUGCACAUCUACAACAGCAAGGAUCAACUGUUGACGCGGAACGGUGUGGAUGCAUUUAUAUCGCCGCCGUGGGGAGGCUUCAUCAUUGCCAAUCCGCCCGAGCGUGUUUGCCUGGCCGCCAUCAACGAUGAGCCGCCGGUGCCGUAUCAUGUCAGCACCACGGACAACAUGCAGGUGAUGCUGGAUCAGCUGCACAAGUUGCUCGACAUUAGCAGCGAGCUGCACAUUGAUGGGGUCAAGGUGGUGGACAUCGAACAGUUGGAGCCCCGUCGCUGGGAGUACGAGGCGUAUCUAAGGCGCAGUGCUAUUCGUCACAUUUCCACGGCCAGCAGCACGCUGCAGAGCCUCAUCAAGCUUUUGGAUCAAAUCAGCUACAUUGUGAUAGACGACGAGGUGGGCGCCGCCAUAACGAAUUCCUACACCGACAUUUUGGCCGCCAAGGCCGCCCUCUUGGAGCACCGCUUAGGCGAUGCCUCGGCUUUGGCCAAGCGCGCCUUUGUGGCCUCGGAGCGGGGUUUCUUCGAUGCCAGCCUGCUGGCCCAGCUGUACUUCCCCGACGAGCAGAAGUACGCCAUUUACAUUCCGCUCUUCCUGCCCAUUAUGGUGCCCGUGCUGAGUUCCUUCAACAUGCUGCGCGGCGUGCUGCAGGCCAGGCGGAAACAAAAAAGUGCAUAAGCGAUUUAGCCAAAACCAAAUAAUAGCUUUUGUCAUUAAAAAUAUUUUUUUUCAAUAAGCUGUCAUCAUUGCGGCUUAUUCGGUUUUAUGUAGUACAUAUCAUCGUCAAGGCCUCGGGGUUGGGUGGUUUUGCUUAUGCUACUGUAGUUAUCCAGCAUGUUUAGACUGUAAAUGGCCGCACAGAGAAUAUAGGUGAUAAUAAUCCUCGGAAGCAUUCUUGACAAUGCAACGGUCAAGGAAACUCAAAAACUUAAACUUUCAAACAAUUAAAUUUUGACCUGUCACAGGGGAAGUACAUAUGAACAUACAUACUUGAAA